AUGGUAGACCAACCAACGAAAUCCCUUUUGGAGUACGGUAUUCCUGAUACGACUACCGGAGUCCUUUCUAGCAUCAUAAGACCACCUGUAACAGCUCAGCACUUCGAGCUCAAGCCGCAAUUCAUCCAAUUCAUCUCUAAUGAUUCAUUCGCAGGGCUACCACAUGAUUGCCCAGUAAUUCAUAUUGAUAGUUUCUUGGAGAAAUGUGAUACUAUGAAAAUGAAUGGUGUUACAGAUGAUGCUAUCAGACUUCGCCUUUUCCCUUUUUCACUACGGGAUAGGGCGAAAGAGUGGUUGAGAGAUGAAGGCACUGGCUCGUUCGAUACAUGGGACAAGCUAGUGAAGGCCUUCUUAGUGAAGUUUUUGGGACAUGAGAAGACUGCCAGGUUGAGGAACGAGUUAUCCACCUUCCGACAGUCAGAUGAAGAGUCUCUCUAUGAGGCUUGGAGAAGGUUCAAGAGGUUACAGAGACAAUGCCCUCAUCACGGGGGUUCUCUCUUGACAAAGAACCCAACUGAGGCAAAGGAGCUGAUUGAGAAGAUGGCGGCCAAUGAUAAUUAUCAUCCAGGAGGUCGUCAGAAUGUGAAAAAAGGAGGUAAGCUUGAUGUAGAUGCUUUGACUAUGUUAGCUAGUUCUGUGCAGGCACUAACAAGCAGGUUUGAUAAGUUCCAAUCUGGAACUUCUACUAGCCCACUGGAGGUUUGUCAAAUGUGCAAUGUGCAGGGCCACAUCGCACCGGAUUGCCCGCAGAAUAUGAGUGAGAUGUCUAUUGAACAAGCCAAUGCUUUCUACUCUUCGAACCCCAAACAACCUUUUGAUCCCUACUUCAAUUCUUACAACGAAGGUUGGAAACAACAUCCCAACUUCUCUUAUAAGAACACCCAAGGACAACAGAAUCCACCAUCACAACCAUCCCUAUCCAACAACUACAACUCACAACCUAGUUUCCAACAAAGAACACCUAUGAACCAACAACCAACGCAACUACUUUCCCAAAAAUCUAGCCUUGAUUUGAUGACGGAGAGCUUCAUUACCACAACCAAUAGUGCCAUCCAACAACAAGGUAGCUCCAUCCAACAGUUGCAAGCCCAUAGUAAGCUCAUGGAAAGCCAAAUAAGCCAACUUUCACAACAGGUGAGUCGCCUAUCAACUCUUCAAGAUCAAGCAAAGGUUCAAAAAGAACAAUGCAAUGCUGUUUUCUUGAGAAGAGAUGAAGCCUUUCCGAGGCAAAUUGUUGAGAAGGUGUGCAGUGAGGAGUCUAGGAAAGACAAAAAGGGCAAAGAUGUUCAAAGCUCCAAAUAUGUGGCUCCACUGGCUUAUGAGGAACCGAUGCCUUUCCCGCAACGGUUGUCAAAAGCUGUGCUCGAUAGACAUUUUGGAAAAUAUUGUGAAGCCCUCAAGAAGGUACACGCUUCUACUCCCUAUUCUGAUCUUUUAGUUCAAAUGCCUCAAUUUGCAAAUUUUGUAAAGAAUAUUAAAGAUCAACAUGAGGAUAAGGAAGUAGCACAUAAAAAGGGCCCUACUCUCUUAUAUGAUAACCUACCACCUAAGCUGCAUGAUCCUGGUAGUUUCACUAUUCUCUGCACGAUAAACGAGAAAUUUUUCGAUAAGGUUUUGUGCGACUUAGGUGCUAGUGUUAACUUAAUGCCUUAUUCAUUAUAUGAGAAUUUAGGUUUGCAAGGACUUAAACCUUCCCCUAUUUCUCUUCAAAUGGCUGAUAGAACCUCUAGACUCCCUAAGGGUGUGGUUGAAGAUGUAUUAAUUAAGGUUGGUGAACUUAUUUUUCCUAUUGAUUUUGUUGUUAUGGACAUGAAAGUAGACCAUAAGAUCCCGAUUAUAUUUGGUCGACCAUUCCUUGCCACUAGUCAAGCUCUAAUAGAUGUUCCUAAAGGAUAA